GAGAAAAGGGCGACGCGAUGCCACACACACCCCAACGCGAGGAAGACGAAGACGAGAAUCUCGUGGAAUUCUCCUCUCCACGCCUCCGUCUCGCCGUGCGCCUCCGCUCCGGAGCCCACGCCGACCUGCUCCUCCUCCGCGCACGGAUUUCGUCCUCCCCCGAUCCCGCCGCUAUCUCUUUCGGUGAUGAUCAUUGUAUUAACCAAGAUCUGAAUCUAGUGCUGGGCUGCUGGCCCAACUGUAGUAACUCAGUUUGCUCAUCUACAGCAUAUGGAAUUAGGUGGCAACAAUAUGGGCCCAGAUAAUGGAGCAAACAACAAUUCCAACUUGGCUGCAAGGCAACGCUUACGGUGGACAAAUGAGCUGCACGAAAGAUUUGUUGAAGCUGUUACUCAACUUGGUGGUCCGGAUAGAGCAACUCCAAAAGGAGUUCUAAGGAUUAUGGGUGUGCAAGGAUUGACAAUAUACCAUGUGAAAAGUCACUUACAGAAAUACAGGCUCGCGAAGUACAUUCCUGACUCUUCAGCUGAUGGUAACAAGGCUGAAAACAAAGAUCCUGGGGAUUUGCUUGCUGGACUUGAAGGAUCCUCUGGAUUACAGAUAUCUGAAGCUCUCAAACUGCAGAUGGAGGUCCAAAAACGUCUACAUGAACAGUUAGAAGUACAAAGGCAGCUGCAGUUGCGAAUUGAAGCGCAGGGCAAGUACCUCAAAAAGAUCAUUGAGGAGCAGCAGCGUCUUGGUGGUGUGAAAUCUGAAACACCCGCUGCCAGCGCUAUCACAUUAUCAAGUGAUCAAUUCCCUGACUCUGAAAGGACUGGCCCCUCGACUCCUGCACCGAUAUCUGAAUCUCCAACUCAAGGUGUACCUUCAAAUAGGGACAAUGGAGGGCGAAACGAAGAAACCAAGAGCCCCCAUCGUGAGGAUUCUCUGUCCCACCCUGAACCACUAACCCCUGAUUCCAACUGUCAGCCUGGUUCUCCUACCGUUAGUCCAAAGCAUGAGAGGGCAGCAAAGAGGCAACGAGGUAAUGGCACAGAGUUCUCGGAGACUGACUUCACCCUUCCUCAUUCUAUCUUCGAGUCGAGUUCAGGGUCAGAGUUCCAACAAUGUUCCAUGUCCUACUCAGGUCAUUAGCCUCCGGGGAUUCCAUCCUCACCACAACUUUGCUAGCUUGUUCAAGACGAAGUAAUGAUCAGGAUCCCUGUUUGUAGCUCUCAGUAGUGUAUUUUUAUGUCUCAGUGGAGAUGUUGGUAGACAGAAGUUGUAGGUCUUCAGAUGAUUGUUUACAUGAUACUACAUAUGACAGCUAUUUAAUCUAGUAACUUUGUGGCAUGUAAAGUUUAUCGGCUGUUGAGUUGAGAAGUUUGAAGGUUGUGCUUUGUCGCUUCUCUACUCUUUUGGGUAAACUUUAUUGACAAAAGUGUAACACAAACUAUGUUUCGCCCACAAUUUGUUGUAAUGUGAUCAGAAGCAAAUUCCGUUGA